AUGCGGAUAUUUACUGUCUGUCUUCCAAAGUAUGUGACCCCAGUGUUGAGCCGCUGGAGCGUGUGGGACGCAGUGUUUCUAUGUUUAGUCUUGUGUUUAGCGCGGGCGGACGAUGACUGCCCAGUGUCGUGCGUCUGCGCCAGAGAGUCUGGCACCGUGACGUGUCGGGACGGAGAGGACUCUGGAGACCUGCUUGUGGACCUCCCGCAGUGGACGUCCAAUUUAAUAGUUCAGGGUAAAAACAUGUCAACUCUGCGCCGUGCUGCGUUCACGGACAACUCAACAGACUUGGACAUAACUACUUUGUGUCUGUCCUACAACGGGAUACAAACUAUUGAACCGUAUGCCUUCCUCGGGCUGCCCAGUCUACACCUUCUAGACUUAAGCCAUAACCGACUGGAGUCCAUUUCGACUCGAGCUUUCUUCGGGUUGUCACAGUUGCGAUCGCUGUAUCUGAACUAUUCCGUUUUACCGGAGGCAGUGAUGCAACUUUCCAUCGCGCUUAGUUCACAAACUUUAUCAAACCUCCACAGACUGGACUUAGCGGGGAACAGACUGAAACACAUCCCCCUGCAGAGGUUGGACAGCUUCGACCUACACGUGUUAGUCCUGGUUAAUAACUCCUUUGAAAGCAUCACGAAGGAGAAUGUGUCGGAUUUGUAUCAACAGCGACACAUGCGCCUCUAUCUCUCCCUCAACCCGUUCCGCUGUAAUUGUGACCUAGAGGCCUUUUACUACUGGCUGAAGAACGCGUCCCAGUGUCCAGAUGUGGGGCGGCUGGAGUGCGCGGAGCCCGAGAGCAAGAGAGGCGCACUGGUGGAGCAACUGCGCGCAGAGGACGUGGAUUGUAACUUGGAGAACCUGGAGGCGGUGUCCUACGUGUUUCUGGGCCUCGUGAUGGCUCUCAUUGGGGUUGUUUUCCUGAUGGUGCUGUAUCUGAACAGAGGAGGCAUCAAGAAGUGGCUGAACAACAUCCGAGAGGCGUGCAGGGACCAGAUGGAGAUCUACCACUACCGCUACGAGCAGGACUCAGACCCGAGACUGGCGAAUGUGGCCGUGUGA